CUCACGUAAGAGGGCCCGGGUUGGGAGGCGGCACAACUAGGGGGGAAGCCGACAGAGCAGGACGGAACCAUGGACCCCGCCAGGAAAGCAGGCUCCCGGGUAGCGAUCUGGACAACGGGCUGGCUGCUGCUGCUGCCUCCGCUGCUGCUUCUAGAAGGAGCGCAGGCCCUGGAGUGUUACAGCUGCGUGCAGAAAGCAGAUGACGGAUGCUCUCCGCAGAAGACUAAGACGGUGAAGUGCGCGCCAGGCGUGGACGUCUGCACAGAGGUCGUGGGGGCGGUGGAGACUAUCCACGGGCAAUUCUCGGUGGCAGUGCGGGGCUGCGGUUCGGGACUCCCCGGCAAGAAUGACCGCGGACUGGACCUUUACGGGAUUCUGGCCUUCGUCCAGCUGCAGCAGUGCUCCCAGGACCGCUGCAACGCGAAGCUCGACCUCACCUCGCGAGCGCUCAUCCCCGCAGGCAAUGAGAGUGACUACGAGCCUAACGGGGCCGAGUGCUACAGCUGCGUGGGGCUGAGCCGCAAGGAGUGCCAGGGUACGGCGCCGCCCGUCGUGAGGUGCUACAACGCCAGCGACCACGUCUACAGGGGCUGUUUCGACGGCAACGUCACCUUGACGGCAGCUAAUGUGACUGUAUCCUUGCCUGUCCGGGGCUGCGUCCAGGAUGAGUCCUGCACCCGGGAUUCGGCGACAGGCCCAGGGUUCACGCUCAGCGGCUCCUGCUGCCAGGGGUCCCGCUGUAACUCGGACCUCCGCAACAAGACCUAUUUCUCCCCUCGAUUCCCGCCCCUUGUCCUGCUGCCCCGUCCUCCGUCCACCACUCUGGCUGCAAACAACUCUGUCAGUACUUCUGCCCCAGCCCUGUCCUCCACUUUCACCACCAAACCCACCCCAGCCCCAACCAGCCAGACUUCUCCAAAAGAGGUCGAACCUGAGACCUCCCAGGAGGAGGAGUCUACCUCGGCUGGAGGUGCUAGUGGCCACCAAGACCGUAGAAAUAUUGGGCAGUACCCCACAAAAGAUGGAGCCUAUAAUAAAGGCUCUGCAGCUCCUUCAGUGGGGUGGGUGGCUCUUCUGUUGGCUGUGGCUGCUGGCACCUUACUAUGAACUUCUCUACCUCUUGCCCUACUUCCUUGGCCAUGGGUACCCUCACUUCCCAUUACUCCCUCUUCCACCACUGGACUGGGCUGGCCCAGCCCCUGUUCUCCCUAGCUUUUGCUGCACUGGUUUGCAGCUUUGGGACAGAAAGUUACCGUUGUAUAUAUCCUGCCAGGGUGUUCCAGCUUUUUGAGGGCAGCAACUGUAUCCCCCUCACCUUUGUCUCCCCCUGGUCUCCUCCUGGUGCCUAGGUCAGAGGGUAGUCAGAGCUGUCCCAGGGAAGGUGGGAGAGACAGUGAUAAGCUUCCUAUUCGCUUUCUCACAGUCAACCUGGAAUAGGAGAGAUGGGGUCUGAGGGCUCUGCCUCCUGCCCCUGAAUCUUUGUGGGAAUCAUUUUUUGGCAUCUUUGUCUUCUUUUCUAGACUGUGAGCUCCUCAAGGGCAGGGACCGUGCCUUACGCCUCAGUGUGGUCAAUGUCUGGCACAUAAGGCUUCAAUAAAAGUUUAAUUACUUUGUA